AAACCUCCGAGCGCGUCCUCGCACGGUGUCAGCCUCGGAUGCACCCCUUGUCAAUGGCGGCCAGGGACAAUGGUUCUUAACAAUAACCACCAGCUCGUGGUGGUGAAUGACAGGCCCUUUGCCGGCAGACUCGGCUUCCCAAUGUGACAAGGUGUCGCGCAGUAUUCCGUUGCAUCCGUUCCCCGCCAGAAGCUGCUACUGAUUGUCUGUUAUCGUUACUUUGUUAUACUGUGGUGGCUAGUUAUACGUGAUCUGACCCAUACCAACUCUCCUGGUUGGCAAUAGCCAUUUCGAGCUCUUCUGCUCGCCGCGCCGUCACAUGCCGCCGUUGCAAGCGCGCAUAUCAUCCCCACUCGCCGACUGCUGGAGUUGACGACGCCACGACAGAUGGGCUCAGACACGUCUCCGGGUCCCGCCAACCCAGACCGGCAGCAGACACCAGAGAGCAGUGCUGGCGCAGCUCACGACACAGAUGGCCACGUGCUCACCCUCUCGCCGGGUGUGACUCUCACACUUGGGCAGGAUGCCCUGCUCUUGUCUGGCCAGCUUGCCAGCAAAUCAAGUCGCACAUGUCUAUGCAUCGGGGUUCCUGGAACCAAUGGCACACCGAGCAGGAUACCCUACUACAACAUCCUCUGGGUCGAGAUCACCAGCGACCAGAGGUGGCUCGUGAUUGACUACGCGGACCAGACGCGGCCUCACUUUCUGGAAGUACGCCGUGCCAAGUUUGCGAUCCCCGAGCUUGCUGCCGAGCAGAGCCCCGACGAUGUGGGCGACCAGGUUGCCCAGUGGGUCGAACGGCUCUUGGAGUGCGCCUACAGCGGCUCGGUCCGCCGCAAGCGCGCCUGGGUCCUGGUGAACCCGCAUGCUGGUCCUGGCAGCGCCGACAAGAUCUGGGAGAAGGACGUGAAGCCCAUUUUCGAGGCCGCACGCAUGCCCAUGACCGUCGUGCGCACCAGCUACUCCGGCGAGGCGGUGGACUUGGCUCGCGACUUGAAUAUCGACGACUACGACAUCGCCAUCCCAUGCUCGGGCGACGGCUUGCCACACGAGGUGUUCAACGGCCUCGCCAAACGCCCGGAUGCCCGCCGCGCGCUGUCCAAGAUCGCCGUGUGCCACAUUCCCUGCGGGUCCGGCAACGCCAUGAGCUGCAACCUGUACGGCACUCACCGCCCAACCCUGGCGGCGCUGGCCAUCGUCAAGGGCGUGCCCACACCACUCGAUUUGGUCAGUGUGACGCACGGGGAUCAGCGGACCAUCAGCUUCCUCAGCCAGGCGCUGGGCAUGAUGGCAGAGCUGGACCUGGGCACCGAGCAUCUGCGAUGGAUGGGCGCCGCUCGCUUCACUGUUGGCUUUCUUACGAGCGUCCUGCAGCGAAAAACAUACCCGUGCGAUAUUGCUGUCAAAGCCGAGAUUGACGACAAGGGAGAUGUCAAGAGGCACUAUCGACAGAAAGUCGCGCAAGCGGGAACUGACCCAUCGGAAAACGGCGACAAACCACAGGGCCGCGUUGAUAAAGAGCCCAGCCUCCCGUCGCCAUCACCCGACCCCACUGACAGCGACGAUGAACUGAGCCUUCCACCCCUGAAGUACGGUACCGUCAACGACAAGCUGCCGGAAGGCUGGGAGCUCAUCCCUCACGAGAAACUUGGUAGCUUCUAUUGUGGCAACAUGGCUUACAUGGCGCCGGACCUCAAUUUCUUUUCAGCGGCGCUAGCAAAUGACGGCCUCAUGGACCUAAUCACGACCGAUGGCGACAUAUCACCCAUGAGAGCUGUCGCGCUACAACUGGGCGUAGAAUCAGGCGAAUUCUUCGACAGCCCUCUAGUGUCGUACCGCAAGGUCUCGGCAUUCCGGGUGAUCCCUCGCAACCAGGAGAAGGGCUACAUCAGCAUCGACGGGGAGGCCAUCCCGUUCGGCCCAAUUCAGGCCGAAGUACACCAGGGUCUGGGCCUAACUCUGUCCAAGAAAGGCACAGGCACCUUUGAGGCUCCGGGUCCGCGAAAUUGGGACACGGUGACUGCCACUGAGCGGCUUCUUGCCUAG